AAUGAAGCAGCCAGUUCUUCAUGUUCUUUUCUGAUGAUAAAAAAAGGAAAAAGAGUCUUCCAAGUCAAAAAGAAAAGGUCAAAGCAGAAGAUGCUUUGCAAGUGCGCCUCGUGAGUGCUAAGUAAAAGAGAAGUUGCAAAGAAAGAAAAACAAUCCACACUAGGAAGGCAAAAUUCAGAGAGACCGAUCAAGCAAAAUAUGGCUUCUCUGACCACUAAAGCAGCAGUUAGUUCUUCAUCUUCUUCUCUCCCUCUUUCUUCUACUGAUCACCAAAAUCACUACACAUACCAGGUCUUCCUGAGUUUUCGAGGCGAGGAUACGCGUUCUAAUUUUACAGAUCAUCUACACAGCCUUUUGUGUGACAGGGGAAUUGAGACCUUCAUAGAUGAUGAGCUCAAAAGAGGAGAAGAAAUAUCAUCGGCUCUUGUCAAAGCAAUUGAGGAGUCAAGAGUUUCAAUCAUAGUCUUCUCUCAAAAUUAUGCUUCCUCAAGGUGGUGCUUAGAUGAACUGGUCAAGAUACUUGAAUGCAGAAAAUCCAAAGGACAGGAGGUUAGAGCGGUUUUCUACAAGGUGGAUCCCUCAGAUGUUCGACACCAAAGUGGUGCUUUCGGUGAUGCAUUUGCUACACUUGAUCAAUGCAAAUACGAGGAUAGCAUGGGCAAAUGGAAGGCAGCUCUCAAGGAAGCAGCAGAUUUGUCUGGAUGGCCUUUCAAGGAUGGCGAGUCCGAGGCUAAAUUUAUCAAGAAGAUUGUUGGUGAGUUGUCCACCCGAGUAGUUAACCCUUCAUGUGAGUUGCAUGUUACAGAACAUCCAAUUGGAUUAGAGUCUUGUAGACAAGAUGUCAACAGACUUCUACAUGUCGAGGAAAAUAUUGUUCGCAUGGUAGGCAUAUGGGGGCCUGGUGGAAUAGGAAAGACCACAAUUGCAAAAGAUGCGUUUAAUUCAAUUCACCAAAAGUUUGCAUGUAGUUGUUUCUUGGCAGAUGUUAGAUCAACUGCCAUAGUCCAACUGCAAGAGAGAGUUUUGUUUGAUAUUUUACGGGACUCAACUUUGAAGGUGCACAGUGUUGAUAAAGGAGUCGGUUUGAUAAAGACAAGGAUGUGAAAAAAAAAAGUUUUCUUAAUCCUUGAUGACGUGAGUAAUUCUAGCCAAUUACAGAACUUAGUUCCAUCCCCUAAUUGUUUUGGGCCAGGUAGUAGAAUUCUCAUAACAACAAGAGAUAAACGUUGGCUAAUUGCUCAUCAAGUUGAUGAAGUAUAUGAGGUCAAGAUGUUAAAUGAUCAUCAAGCUUUGAACUUAUUUAGUUUGAAUGCAUUCAAAAGAAAUGGACCUCCAGGUGAUUAUUUGGAACUUGCACAAUGUGCAGUAUGCUAUGCUCAGGGCCUUCCAUUAGCUUUGAUAGUUUUAGGCUCUCAUCUAUUUUAUAGAAGCAGAGUGGAGUGGGAAGCUACCUUAGAUGGUUGUCGGGGAGAAGAUCCCCAUAGAGAGAUAAGAGAUGUGCUCAAAAUAAGUUAUGAUGCUUUGGGAGUAGAUUUAAAAGGAUAUUUUCUUGAUAUUGCUUGUUUCUUUAAAGGUAAGGAAGUAGAUCGUGUGAAACCGAUACUAGAAGCUUGCUAUGAUAUGAAAUCAGUGACUGGUAUUGCCCAACUCCAAGAAAAAGCCUUGAUAAGAAUUGACGGAGAUAAGAUUUGGAUGCAUGACUUGAUAGAAGAAAUGGGUAAAGACAUAGUGUAUCAAGAGUCACCUGGUGAGCCCGGAAAACGAAGUAGAGUGUGGAGUAAAGAAGAUAUCAACCACGUUCUAACAAAUAAUACAGGAACAAAUAAAGUUAUAGGCGUUCAGGUCUCGUGGUGGUCAUCUUUGAUAUCUUUGAAUGCCAAAACCUUCUCAAAGAUGAAGAAUCUUAAAUAUAUUUCUAUGGGCAUGUACCAGAGAUAUGAAUCCUUUUCUAGAAACAUUGAUUAUCUCUCAGACCAGUUGAGGUGGCUUGAUUGGCCUGUUAGUCCAUUGCAAUCCUUUCCAUCUGAUUUUCGUGCAAACAAACUUGUAAAGCUCAAUAUUCGUGGUAGCCACGGAAUCACACGACUAUGGAAGGGACAUAAGAAUUUUUCAAGUUUAACAUCUAUGGAUUUAAGAGGUUGUAAAUCCCUCAUAGAGCUUCCGAACUUCACCGGAAUACCCAACUUAAUAGAGCUGAAGUUAGAUGACUGUGAAAGUUUAGUUGAGGUUCAUCAUUCUGUUGGAUUCCUAGAUAAGCUCGUGACCUUAAGUCUUAAAGGCUGCUGUAACCUAGUUAAGUUGCCAACCGAAUUUAGCUUGAAAUCUCUCCUUGCUAUGGAUCUUAGUGAUUGCACUAGGCUAGAGGAAUUUCCAAAAAUUAUUGGAAAGAUGGAUUCUUUAGGAGUGUUGAUCCUAUCAUUCACUCUUGUUAAAGAAUUGCAUCCGUCAAUUGAAAAUCUCAUAGGGCUUAAUGAGUUGCAGCUACAUCAUUGUAAAAAUCUUACGACUCUACCAUUCAGCAUUUAUGGGUUGCAAAAUUUAGAGAUUCUAAAUGUGAGUGGAUGCUCAAAACUUGUUACAUUUCCAACAAAAGCAAGCAUUUCACAUGAUCAUGACAGCGGUUCACUAGCGCUUCCCAAGCUCCGUGUGCUCAAAAUCAACGGAUGUAAUUUAUCAACUGUUGAUUUCAUUGGGAGUCUUGAUUGCGUGAAAACAUUGAUCGAACUUGAUCUCUCAAGUAACGAUUUUGUUAGUGUUCCCUCACUUGGCAAAUUUGUCAACUUGCCAAGGAUUGACUUGUAUUGUUGCAAGAGACUUCGAGAGAUUCCAGAGCUUUCAGCAAAUAUACUUGAGGUAAAUGCGGGGGACUGUGAAUCACUGGAGAGAUUUUUGAUAUUUCCCAAGUCUUUGAAUAAGCUGCAGAUGAACUUGUGGAAUUGCCAUAGAUUUAGUUACAAUCUGGGCUAUGACAUGGAGAAGAUGGAAAGUAUUUUGCUGAAUAAUCAGAACAACUCCUGGUUUAGUCUUGUAUUACCGGGUAGUGGGAUUCCGAAGUGGUUCCAUUGUUCGAAGGAGGUUACUGCUAAUGAAAAAGGCCCAUCCAGUAAAUGUGAAAUUUCUUUUGAAAUCCCAGGCAAAUUGAAUUGGGAGUACAUAGGAGUGGCUCUUUGUUCUGUUUCUUGUUUUUCAGUUGACGAAAAUUUUUAUUUUUUUAUCAAGGAUCGAGCUGAUAUUUCCAUCAAUGAGGUACUCAUAGAUCAGUGUUCCAAGUUGCGCAGUUCAGCGCCAGACCACAUUUGGCUAGCUUAUGUUCCAUUAUCUGAUAAAAUAAAGGGAAAGGAGGAUCAAAAUGGUCGGUGUCAAGUUCGAUUUUACUGUGCUGGAAUGAAAAGCUAUGGAGUUCACCUCGUAUGCCAACCACCGAAUGAAUAUUCAAAUAAGAUUGUAAUGGCGGCUGAACCUGCCCAUGAGAGUGGUAUGCUAGACUGCCUUUCGUUUUCUUAUGCGAAUCCAGAACAAAAGAGGCCUCUUACUGAAGCCACCGACGAUUAUGAGUAUGACCAUCAACAAGAGCAGCAUGAGCAACCAAUAGGAAUGAUUCCUUCGAAACGACUGUGCACUGAGGAGCAACCAUCGAUGGCUCCCAACCCAAUCAUCCACGACUACUCCGAUUACUCUGCAUCUGCAUCCACAUCCACAUCAGAUAUAUAUGCCACCGAAGAGGCCAGAACAAAAGAGGCCUCGUAAUGGAGCCACCGAAAAUUAUGACCAUGGACAAGAGCAGGAGGAGCAACCAAUUCCUUCAAACCGACACUGCACUGAGGAGCAACCAUCAAUGCCUCCCAUCCUCGAUUACUCUGCAUUUGCAUCCACCUCAGAUCAAAACUUCUGAUUGGCAAGCCAAUCUUGAUCUUCUUCCCGAUUCGCUGUCGACUCUCGCGAAUUAUGAAUCUACCUCACCAGCCAGUACUCCAUAGUUCCAACAAUAAUAUCUAUAUGCCAUGUUCUUUCAGAGACUAGCUGCUAUUUCAGUGGGAACUAUAUAGAUUUUCCACUCGGAAGGGUUACAGACCCUGGCCAAGUUGGACGAUAGAUUUUUCCAUUUGCUGAUUGCUGAUCUAACUGAGUUUGAGACAACCGCAAAUGAGCUAGAAGCAAAGACGUUCUAGCCUGGCAUUGGCCAAGUAUCUUGCUUCAAGGUGAUGGGGCAGGUGGAAGAUGACUUUCUUGAGGAAGAAGGAAUUGGUUUUCAUUGUUUCUAAGGAUGGAAUUGAUACUUGAUCAUAUAAGAUGGUUAAUGAGAGUUUUCUAAUUCAUUACAAAGUGGCAUGUGUCUCUUUAGAGGUUGCUGCAGGAUCAGGCUCUCUCCAAAAAGCAUUUCUAUUCAUCAAAACUGAUCAAUGAUGGGAACUAUAAACUCUCCACUUGGAAUGGUUGCAGAUUUGGGAAAAGUCGGGUACGUGCUGAUCUGACUGAAUUUGAGAUGACCGCAAAUAAGCUAGAAGUAAAGCUAAGAAAUCUAGUCUGGCAUUGGUUAAAUUCUGCUUCAAGGUGAUGCGGCGGGCAUGGGCUUUCCUCAUGAGGAAGUAAAAGUAAUGGAAUAGGUGCUGUGAGUACUGCUUCUUGGAGUGUGCAUAUGUUGCAGAUUCAUGCAAGCAAGUUGGUGCUGUAAACAUCAAAUGAACCCCACCUAGAUUUGUCCACUAAUGGAUUUUACCUAUCUCAAAGUUGGAACUUGGGAGGUUACCAGCAAACAUACGGUGAUAUACCUUGAGAGUGGUGAGACUCUUAUGAUGGUUAGAGCAAGCAAUGGGUGCGAUUCCCCUGCUAUACACCAAUUAAUAUUCUGCUACUUUUUCCUUCAACAACCUUAGUACCAAAAUAAGAUAUGAUACACAUGAAUGUCUUCUAGUUGGGUGGUUGGUCAAAAGUUUGCAGCAGAUGUAGCCAUAGGCAAAUGGCAGGAUGCUAGUGCUUCCCUGCUUGAGGCUCCAAACAUCAUGAGGCCGAUAUCUAAGGCUUAAUUGAGUUCCAAAGACGAAUUUAUAUUGCAAGUAUUUGUAAUCAUCUAAGAAUAUAAGCCUGUAUCUCUCUUUUCCUUGCUUUUGUAAUGCAGACUCUCACAGGAAGGAAGUAGUAGAAAUAUAACUAGUUCAUCAGAGCAGGUGUUGUAUGCUGAGGUUGUUUCAAAAAUAGCAGUGGUUGUGAAGAUUAGACAAGCAAAAUCAAUAGAUAUUCAAAUAUUAAUUAGCUUAUCUUGUAGUGUCCUGAUACUGAUUCUUCCUCACAGAGUUUAUGAGGUAGAUAUUCAAAUUUCAAAUAUUAAUUAGCUUAUUUUGUA